AUGCCGCCGACGGACGUUUUCCCAUCUUUUCACGAUUCCCCUCUGGAGAUGCGGCUGAAGAUAUGGCGCGAAGCACUCCUGGUCCCAUCUGUCUGGGUCGCGGUUGGCGAUGGCGCUGCUAAUGGCCUUGACGACCCUGACAACCAGAUUCCUCCGCCCAUAAACAUGGGUUUCAUCGGCCUUGCGGCAAUUUACCCGAAGGCCUGGACCGCCAGUCCCUCGGCAGGAGGGGCCAACGGCCUGGAGCAGUUCGCUGUACCAUACGGCUGUGUUUCUCCCGCCCGUUGCGGCAAUGGGGAUAGGGGCGAAAGGUGCGAGCGCUUGAGUGGUGCGGCCGCCCGGUCGCAACACCAGCAACAACCACCGCAGAAAGAACAAGAAUAA